AUGGAUGAGGCAGCUAACUCCAAGGCAGGCUUUGCUCCCAUUGAGCAAUUCCAUGGUCGGACACAACCUCUGGAUCCUUGGAUGCCCUCGGAGCAAAACCCUCGACAGGCGUCCUUGACAGAACGCUUUUGUCUUCCAUUCUGGGUGAUCGACUGCAGUGACGUUCCCAUUCCUGACAGGAUCAGGCUUUUUGUGUGA